UCUAUACUAUUUAGAUUCAGGCUAAUAGAGGCUCGCCCUUGCCACGGUGGCUCAGAAGAGGUGACUUUUCGAAAGGGGACUUGACUCACCUGGGAGGAUUACUUUCUGGACCAAGGCCAGUCCAUAGCUACAAGGGGGCCGCCAGCAGCAGGCCAAAGCAACUGGUUUCCAAGCGCGGGAGAGAGGCGGAAACCAAAUGGCCAGAGGGCUUGCGUCCCUGCGAUACCUGGCCGCUUUAUUCCUUCUUCUUAUAGGCACGACACAGGCGCAGCCGGUCACGACUUCGGGGCAAUAUGGCAGCAGCUUUCCAGGGGCUUGUCCUCUCAGCAAGCUUACCGACGUCAUCAUCACAAUAGUGGCAACACUGCCCGAGUCCACAACAGGACCUCUCCCAAUAGCAUUCUCUCCGGCCUUGAACUACGCUUUCGGGAACCCCGUGGCCGGCUUCCAGACAAGCCCGUCAUGGACGCAGUUCCUCAACACCACAGCUCCAUUCUUCUCGCCCGGAAGUGUGACAACAUUGCCGUCGGGUGUUGCAGCAGCCUCAGCUGGCUUGAAGUUUUUCGGGGAGUGCAAGCAAAACCUGCUGACGCUGCAGGCGACGUGCAGCUUUGUCUUUGACUACAGCACUCGCAGGCUGCUGGACCUCCUGAGCAAGGCCUCCCCUGCCGGAGGCAUCCCACUGGGUGGCACCGUCACCUUCCAAUUCUGCACACUCGGCCUCGGCAACUCACAGGUGAGCAGCCCGACGUGCUUCGAGUCGCGCGGCGGAGCGCCCAAGCCGGUGAUCGUGAAGAUCAGCAGCAAGGAGCCCGCGGACGUCAUCCCCCAGAUCGGCUUCAACGCCUGCUACAAGGACGUUGUGGGAUCCCCCGACAAGUGCCUCGCCUUCGCUAUCAUCCAGUCAUGCGCGGCCUCACAGCGCGUCGCGUACGGCGCCACCGAUGCCACCGUGGCCGCCGGCGGCAGCAGCGUCGGCGGCGCCAGCGGCACGAUGGUCGGCUCUGGCCAGAGCUACGGCGCAACCACCCAGACUCAGGGCUCCCAGGCUGCCAGUCAGAGCAGCCGCGCCUCCUCCGCAUACAAGAAUGGCAACAGCUAUGGCAGCCAAAGCUCCGGGAACAGCUACAGCAUGCAGAGCCAGGACCAGGGGCGCAAGCUUCUGAAGUGAGGGGAGCAAGCAGAAAAACCCCUUGUGCUUGAGCUGUCAGCACGCACCGGGUUGGCUGAGAGGGGGCUGAACCAACUUACACUCGCGAGGGGCAUUGGGGGAGCCUUGCCCGCUUCUCCAAUGCCUCAUCUGCGAGAGUCAGCUUCCUUGCUGGACUGCAAGCAGACAGCACAGGCAAUGUCAUGCUCACUGAUUUGCAGCAGUUGCGAGAUGACCAGCUUGGGACCUCCUUUUUUCUCAGGAGCACCCAAGGGGCCAGAACACAAUGUAAAGGGACCUAUGCUUCUAGGGGCACCACCAACGGCGUGGGUGUAGCAGCCAUUCCCAGGAGGGGCCCUUGAUGUAGGGUAGAUGAUGUGUUACUUUCUGCCAAUGCGGCGUUCACUUCUGUGACGCGUGAAGCUGAUUGACGGAUGCGCAAAGUUGUUCGUUCUGGCAAGGUCCUGUUCAAUCAAGUAACCUUCCGGGCUGCUCCUAGCAGUGUCCUUUGAGAAUCUCUGGGAUCCCAGGCUGGCACUGCUGCUCAUGCCCGUAACAGGAACUUGUUGGCACAAAUUGUGGGCACGGUUGUAAACAGCAAAAUAACAUCGGUGUCAGUGGCAGUGGAUCGCUGCACGUUGCUAAUGAUUUGAUUCACAUUUAAUUCUGGCUGUUGAAACCUUUUCAUGCAAGAAGGCCUUAGCUUGAUGUUCUGAGAGAAAGAUGCAAGCAGCCGUAGGCUUUAAGUUGAUGUCAACAUUCCGUGUAAUCAGUACCGGACU